ACCUAUCAAAUAUUCAAAUCCACAUUUCAAUCCAUUCUUUCUCUCUCUAAACUCUCUCUCUCUCUAGAGUGAGAGACAAAUAACAAUGGCGAUUGUGCCUGGAAAGUGCUCGGAAGAUGCUUCUAGCGGCGGAGCAUCGUUUUCUUCCGUCGCAAACGGCGGUAAUAAAGGUAUCAUGUUGUUCGGAGUUAGAUUGACGGAAGGCGGAGGAGGAGGAUCGUCGUCGUUCAGGAAGAGUGCUAGCAUGAAUAAUCUAGCUCAGUUUGAUGAACAACCUCAGGAUUCUAACGCUGAUGCUGCUGGAUAUGCUUCAGACGACGUUGUUCAUCCUUCUGCUCGUAGUCGUGAACGGAAGCGAGGUGUACCGUGGACGGAGGAAGAACACCGGUUGUUUCUAGUCGGAUUACAGAAGGUAGGAAAAGGAGAUUGGAGAGGAAUUUCUAGAAACUUCGUGAAAACUCGAACGCCAACUCAGGUGGCUAGUCAUGCUCAGAAGUACUUUCUCCGGCGAACUAAUCACAAUAGGCGUCGCCGGAGAUCCAGCCUGUUCGACAUUACCACUGAUACGCAUAUGAAUUCACCAAUGAACGAAGACAAACACGAGCCUGUAAAAUAUCCCACGUCAUCAUUCCCGGCAAGGUCACAACUCAUCGGAUGUCAUAACUCAUUAGAGAGCCUAACGCUCGGACUUGCACCUACUAAAAAGGUAACCAAACCCUCCGGAAAUCUCAUGCCUCCAAUUCCCAUACCGCCAUCUACCAAAAUGGCCAAACUCAAUCUAACCACCACAGAGGACCAUUGCGAGCCGCCAUUACCCCUAACACUCAACCUCUCAACCCCUACACCAUCCACAUCUUCCGAGCAACAAUCAUCACCAUCGUCAACGACAAGACACACUGUUGCCCCUUUUCAAGAAAUAUCGGGUAGCUUUAAUAGUAACAAUGGGGAUAGCAUCAUUAGUGUUGCAUGAUGAUCUUAUUAUGAAUGUUGUGGAUUAAUAACAUGCUGAGUGUUUGUAUAUGUAAAUUAAGUUGUGAAGAGAGCAAGAUAGAGAGGUAUUUAUAAAUUAAGUUUGAAUUAGUUAGGUGGGAUGCUAAUUAUUUAAGAGAUUAAAUUAGGGUAUGUUUAUUGAAAGAUUUGUAUGGUUUAAUUAUAUCUUGUUUUUGACAAAGUUCAAAACUUUAAUUUAUAUAAAUGUGUAGGGGUUCAUAAUA